CUACGGUCCCUUUAAGAAACAGGUGCGUCGACAGGUAGCCCUCCUCGGACUAAAGAGGAAGCAGAUUCAAGCCAAACAAGACAGUUACGAAGUUUGAACAAACCCCGUACUUAAAAACAUGAAGGCUGGGAAAGGAGUAUUUGGUCGCCCGGACUGAAGAGAUGAACCCGCUGCUCCUCGUCUCUCUGACAGUCCUGGUGCGGUUCAGUCUGUCCCAGGAGCCGGUCUCCAUCGAGUUCCAGACCGACCCGGUUCUGGUCCAAACCGGAACGGACAUCCUCUUCACCAUCAUCAACCUCCCCGACGUGGUGCUGGUGACUUGGGACUCCCCAGGGGGCAGCACCUCUCUGGCUAUUUGGUCCGGAGGGUCUGGGACGGUCAACCCGCCCCCCCAGUACUUGGGCCGGGUCUCCGUCACCCGCAACCAGCUCCGUAUCAGCAACGCACAGCUGACCGACGCCGGAAGCUACAGAGUCCAGGUCAACCCCAGCGUCGGCACAGGCCUCGCCUCUAACUCGAAAUCCGUCCAGCUCCAGGUGUUCGUGGCGGUGUCCGGGGUGACUCUGUCGGUGCCCCCGGUGGCGGUGGAGGGUAGUAACAUCUCCCUCACCUGCUCCUUCGCCACGGGGACGCAGGUGAGCGUGGCCUGGGGGUUCCAGGGCGCGGCCCUCACCGCCGGCCCCCGCAUCAGCAUCUCGGGGGGCUCGCUGGUCAUCGACCCGGGUCGCCGCGGCGACGCCGGGGAGUACUCGUGCACCGUUAGCAACGCCGUCAGCGCCCGCAGCGCCAAGCGGACCCUCACCGUCUACUUUGGCCCGGACACUCCGGUGCUGACCAAGGACCUCCCGGUGGACUGUGUGGGCGGAGGUGACACCGUGCUGGGGCAGACCGUCACCCUCACCUGCGUGUCAGUCUCCCUCCCCCCCGCCCUGUUCUCGUGGCAACAAAACGGGCGACCCGUGGCCACCGUCCAACCAGACAGCGGCGUGCUGGGCGUGCAGGCGGUCUCGGCCAAUCAGAGCGGCCGCUACACCUGCCUGGCCCGGAACGCCAUCACGGGGGGCGCGUCGGAGCAGUCGACCGAGGUGGAGGUCGUGCAGACGUGUUUGAGUGGAGGGGAGGUUGCGGGCAUUGUGAUUGGCUCCCUGGCCGCGCUGCUCCUGAUCAUCCUUCUCAUUCUUCUUCUGGUGCGCUGGAGGCGGCGUGAGACGACCACUCGCUUGCGCACGCACACACCUGUUCCUCCAGUUCCUCUGGGAAACGGGCUGGUGGUCCAGGGAUCGGACCCCCCUCUCCACCAGCCCAACCAACGCUACACCCUCCCCCAGCAAUACAACCACCGAGCCCCCAACAACACCUUCCUCCCCCGGGACGGGGACCCGGACCUCCCGCCUCCGUACCGUCGUCACCACGGCAACGCCCGGCUCCUACCAGCCGCUUUCCCCGACGACGGCAUCGACAACCCGGGCUUCUCUCCCGCCGCCGCCGCGGACACGCUGUCGCGCACAGCGCCUCAGAACUCCAACAUCCUGAUCCAAGGGGCGGCGCCGGACGGCUCCCGGCCCCCGACCGUCCAGGUCAACCUCGGGCCCCAGCCGGGGGGCGCCACGGGAACGCUGCCCGCCAUGCACUUUAACCUUAACUCCUUCCCCGCCGGCGCUCAGCCCCCCGCCGGCGCCGAGACCGGCCACACCCCACCGGGUGGCGCUCAGCGUUCCGACGACGCACGGCGUUCCGGGGACGAUCGGCGUUCCGGUGACGAUCGGCGUUCCGGUGACGAUCGGCGUUCCGGUGACGAUCGGCGUUCCGGUGACGAUCGGCGUUCCGGCGACGAUCGGCGAUCCGGCGACGAUCGGCAUUCCGGCGACGAUCGGCGUUCCGGGGACGGUCGACGUUCCGGGGACGGUCGAAGUUCCGACGACGCACAGCGUUCCGGGGACGAUCCCAGAAGGCAACGCUCCGACCCUGCGAGGCGAGUGUUGGAGGACCCCGGCGGACGGUCGCUGGUCCCUACUGGAUACUCCCACAGGAGCGGUCCCAGGGCCGACACACACCCGUUCCAACGACACACUGACCCUCUCAGCAACUCGCACCCCUCCCAUCGAAGCAGCGACGCCCACGCCGACCGGCGAGAGCGAGGGUCUGGUGACGGGGGCCGGACCAACAGCCGCUCACAAGGCCUCGCCCCCUGGGACCUCCUGCGGGGGACGCCGGCGUACCCCAACGGCGCCAGGUCGGAGGGCUCGGACUACACUACCCAGAAUCCCCCGCCAGCCCCGACCAGGGCUCCCGAACCGGGCAGGGUCGACCGUGAGGGCCGGGGCAGACAGGAAGUGACGUCAGACACCAGGCGGGCGCGGUCCCGCCCCGCCGCUUCCCCGUCACACCACUCGCAGGAGGCCCCUCGUGCACAGAGGGAGCGCACACACGACUACAGUCCCCAACGGGUCGCCAGGGAGACCGCCACCGAGCCAAGAGGUCACGUGACUCAGCAGCAACCGAUGACGACACGGAGCCUGGACGCAAGAGCCAUGGCUGACCCCAACCACCUCCUCCAGCCCCUCCCCCAGACCCAACCCCCCCAGCCCCGC